AUGAAGAGUUUGUCGCUGGACUCGCCGGAGUGUGCGCCGUCAUCGCCAGUCCACAGCCGAAGGAUGCUUACUGCUCGAGUAGGACGUAUGAGUAGCGUGGAACUACCUGAUGAGCCAGACAAGAGUCUGUCUUCUAACAGCGCCAGCCCGUGCCCUUCACCAGUGAAGCAGAUGAGCAAACAUCAACGCCUCCUACCAACAAAUCUGUAUGUGGUUCUGUACAACUUCAAGUCACGUCAUGCCGAUGAACUUGACCUUAAGGCGGGCUACAAGGUCACUGUGAUCGACACUUCGGACCCUGACUGGUGGAAGGGCAAAUGUCUCGGAAAGAUUGGAUACUUCCCCUCCAAAUACUGCACUAAGCUCCAAGCUGGAGAGAGGGCCUUGCAAGUCACACAUAAUCUUCAGGUGUCAGAUGGAGACACGGGUAUGAUGCUGCUCCGUGACCAGAUCGUGAUCCAAGUGGGAGAGGAGGUUGACGGCAUGAUGCUGAUCCGCUCCGGAGAUAACCGCCAGGCGAAACGCGGCUCCCUAACUGACGAUACGAUACCAAUACGAUCUAUACCAAAAACAAUCCGAAGUGCUCCAGUAACACCAUGCGACAGCGAAACGUCUACAUGGUCGGACCGAAAUCGUAGCAAGCACGGCUACGACUUAUCCCCAGGAUACGCUACAAGCUACGGAAACUACGAGAAGCCUAGCUACUCCUACGAUAAAUCGGGCUACGAAGCGAGCUACGAGGCUUCCACUUCUACGGCAUCGGGGUCGCAAAGUAAAGGAAACUACGAUUCGGGGGUUUACGAGAAGGAUUACGACACGUCGUACGACAAGGCGGGAUACGACGCGUCGUACAGUAGCAGGGGGACUUACGAAGGUUCUACAGGGUACGACAAGGGGAACGAGGCGGGAUACAAGCACAGCGGCGCGGACUAUGAGGCGGAGGGUGGCGGCGCGUCGUGUCAUAUAAACCUAGGUUCAGCCCUAGGUCUAAAGAUCUGGCGCCAAUGA